CUGCUUUUCUUGUUAAUACGAAGCGUGUUCCAUUGUAAUUUGGCGCUUCGGUUCAAGCAUCCAUGGACGAGGAGAGUCUUAAGGUGUCUUUCAUCCAUAACAAUGGCGGUGAAGUGUUUGCAGGGGAUCUUCCCCCCAUUGACGGAUGGAGAGGCCUGCUCCAAGCAAGCUGGAAAGAAUCAAAGAAACUAUGGUACCUGGCAGGCCCUGCUAUUUUCACCUCCCUCUGUCAAUACUCGCUCGCAGCCAUCACACAGACAUUCGUCGGUCAUGUCGGCGAUAUCGAAUUAGCCGCGUUUUCCAUUGCAAACUCUGUAAUAUCUGGCCUCUCAUAUGGCAUCAUGCUGGGAAUGGGAAGCGCGUUGGAGACUCUGUGCGGGCAGGCGUUCGGAGCCAAACAGCUUAGGAUGCUGGGAGUUUAUAUGCAACGCUCUAUGGUAAUAUUACUGGUCACCGCCUGCCUUAUGAGCACCAUUUAUGUGUGGUCGGCGCAGAUUCUGAAGCUCAUCGGUGAAGAAGAAGAGAUUGCAGAAGAGGCAGGGAAAUUGGCAGUGUGGAUGCUGCCGCAGUUAUUCGCUACUGCCAUGGUUUUUCCGCUGGCAAAGUUUUUGCAGGCGCAGAGUAAGGUGUUGGUAAUGGCGGUGAUUGCUGGCGGAGCAUUGGUCUUGCACGUGCUCUUUAGCUGGUUGCUUAUCUUUAAGUGGGGAUGUGGACUGUGGGGAGCGGCGGUAAUGCUGGAUAUCUCCUGGUGGAUCGUUGUUUUGGCACAGAUGGCCUACAUUCUCAGUGGCACCUGCAAAGAGGCCUGGGGAGGUUUCACCUGGGCAGCUUUCCGCAACCUUGGAGCUUUUGUGCGCCUUUCAUUCGCAUCUGGUGUGAUGUUGUGUUUGGAGUGUUGGUAUUUCAGUCUUUUGGUACUUUUGUCAGGCUACAUUAAAAAUGCAAAAGUUGCAAUAGAUGCCAUUUCUAUAUGUAUGAAUCUAAUUGGAUGGGAGAUGAUGAUAUCUUUGGGAUUCAAUGUUGCCAUCAGUGUAAGAGUUUCAAAUGAAUUGGGAGCUGGGCAUCCAAGAGCUGCAAAAUUUGCAGUAGUUACUGUUCUUACAACAAUGUUGAUAAUAGGGUUCAUUCUAAUGGCUGUGAUAUUCAUUACAAGGAAUGAAUUUGCAGUUGCAUUUACAAGUAGUGAAGAAGUGAUGAAAGUUGUUUCAAACCUUGCAACUCUACUAGCUUUUACCAUGCUUUUAAAUAGUGUACAACCUAUUUUUGGAGGUGUGGCAGUAGGAGCAGGUUGGCAGGCUCUAGUGGCGUACAUUAAUUUAGCAUCUUACUAUAUUUUUGGAGUUCCCCUUGGUUGCUUGUUGGGAUACUAUUUUGAUAUGGGAGUGAAGGGAAUUUGGAUUGGUAUGAUUUGUGGAACUACCCUGCAGACAAUUGUUCUAUGUUUUAUUACAUUUAGGACUAAAUGGAACCGAGAAGCUUCUCAAGCAAUACAAAAUAUUAAAGAGUGGGUAGGGAGAGCAUAAAGAUUCAAGUUGAAACUAUAAAGAUCUCAACUCUUGGUUUCCAAAUUUGAAGUGGCUUUUGUGCUAAUCACAUGGUCUUUGAGAUUGGGAGUUUGUGAUAACAAUGGAAUGGAAAAUUAUUAUGGACAUGGAUUCUGAUAAUUCCACA